AUGAGCACGGGCGUGCGCCUCGCGCCCCGUGGUGGCGCCGGCUCUGGUGCCAAGAUUGCUGGUCGCUCGCGCUUCUACAAGGAGGUUGGCGUGCAGGCGCAGGACGAAGCUGAUGGUGGCGGUUUUUGCGUCACGCUGGACGGCAAGAAGGUGCGCACGCCGGCGCGGUCGUUGCUGCAGUUGCCGACCAAGUCGCUUGCGGCCGCCGUGGCAAUGGAAUGGGAUGCGCAGAAGGAGUCGAUCCAGCCGUCGACGAUGCCGAUGAUGUCGCUCGCGGCCACGUCGCUUGACUUUUGGGAACUCGACAUCAUCGUGGACGAGCUCAUGAAGUACCUCCAGACCGACACGAUCUGCUUCCCUGUCGAGAAGACGCACCAAGAAAAGCUCGCGACGCGCCAGGAGAAGAAGUGGGGCACUCUUCGCAAGUGGUUUGAGGAAGAGUUUGACGGCGAGCUCGAUGUGAACCACGGCACGAUCACCGUGCUUCAACACAACCCGACGGCUGUUGCCAACGUCCGCGCCUACCUCCAGCAGAUGGACAACUUUGAAAUCAUGGCCUUCCGCUGCAUCGUGCGUGAACUCAAGUCGAUGACCGUGGCGCUGGCCCUCACGAAGCGCCACAUCACGGCCAAGGAAGCGAUUGAGCUCGGUCGUCUCGAAGAAGAGUUCCAGAUUGAACGCUGGGGCUUGGUGGAAGGCGGCCACGACCUGGACCGCGUCAACUGCUCUGUGAAUGUGCACAGCGCGUCCUUCUUCCUCUGGCUCUUGAAGGAGCGCAGUGCGUAGGGCGCAGCUGCCGACCAGGGAGUAAGAACUAAAAAGCUUGAAGACGCA